AUGCAUUUGACGGUGGCCGACGGGUGGCACCGUGGCAAUAACGGUGGCGAUGAUUGUGGCUGCUUUAUUGGGGUUAAAGUAAGCAAUGUUCCUUUGGUUCUAGAUAGUGAAGUCUGUGCAAAACAGAGGAAUGAGACAAUCGAGUCUGUGGAAGCUGUUGACAUGGGUGGACCUUGUAUUCAUUUUCAACUCUUUGAUUCUCAUUGUCACCUUCAAGGUCCAAGAAUUUUUAAAGUUGCCCCCAUACUAAUUGGAAACUCCCUUGAUACCGGUGUUAUCCAUUUUGCUAUAAAUGGAGACUCUGAAAAAGACUGGCAUCUGGUCAAGGAGAUGAGUGAUACCUAUCCUAGUGUUGUUCCAAACUUUGGGCUCCAUCCCUGGUAUGUCUCUGAUAGAACUGACAAUUGGCUAAACACUUUGAAGAAGUUCUUUGAGGUUAUUCCCUCAGCUGCAAUUGGAGAGAUUGGUCUGGACAAAGGUUCUUGA